GGCUGACACAGAAGGAGACGCUAGUACUUUCUGGGUGAGAAGGAGCGCACUAGAGCUCCUGCACGACACCAACACUACCUUUUUAAUAUUCUUGGGGAAACGGCAGAAAAUCGAAAGUGCGUUUCGAGCUCUUAGCGAGCCAGCUUCACCUUAGUGGAGAUCGAUUUCAGAUUUUUCGAUCCGUAUUUAAUUGGACGAGCAGCGCCGUCGCGGGGUUCAGGACAAAGGUACAGGCGACACUCGGGUGGACUAUUCAGUCCAAAUGCAUCUCCAGAGGACCCGCGCUCUGGUACUGUGGACCCAUCCUAGGAUCCCUGUCACCCUUUCUCCUUGAGUCAGGACACAAUAUCGAUGAAAGUGGAUCUCAAAGCGAGAGGCGUGUGACGGAGGGAGCGGAAGACCUCCUGCGAGAGUCUCCUCCGACAUGGCAGGUGUGUCCGCAUGGCUUCCCUUUGCCAGGGCGGCAGCCAUUGGCUGGAUGCCCGUGGCCAACGGCCCCAUGCCUGUGGCGCCGAGGGACCACAGCAAGAGGAAGGACGAGCUCAUCGUCCUCAACGUCAGCGGCCGGCGCUUCCAGACCUGGAGGACCACGCUGGACCGUUACCCAGACUCCCUGUUGGGCAGCUCCGAGAAGGAGUUCUUCUUCAACGAGGAGACCAAGGAGUACUUCUUCGACCGUGACCCCGACUCCUUCCGGAGCAUCCUGAACUUCUACCGCACGGGUAAGCUCCACUACCCGCGCUACGAGUGUAUCUCGGCCUACGACGAGGAGCUGGCCUUCUUCGGCAUCAUCCCCGAGAUCAUCGGCGACUGCUGCUACGAAGAGUACAAGGAUCGCAAGCGGGAGAACGUUGAGCGUCUCCAGGACGACCAGGAGGAGAACAAGGACCUCAAGCUGCCAAACAUGACCGCCCGCGAGACCAUGUGGCGGGCCUUCGAGAACCCCCACACCUCCACCAUGGCGCUGGUCUUCUACUACGUCACGGGCUUCUUCAUCGCCAUCUCUGUGCUCACCAACGUGGUGGAGACGGUGCCCUGCGGCACCUCCACGCAGCAGAAGGAGGUGCCCUGUGGCGAGCGCUACACGGUGGCCUUCUUCUGCAUGGACACGGCGUGCGUGAUGAUCUUCACCGUGGAGUACCUGAUGCGGCUGUUUGCCGCGCCCAGCCGCUACCACUUCAUGCGCUCGGUGAUGAGCAUCAUCGACGUGGUGGCCAUCCUGCCCUACUACAUCGGCCUGGUGAUGACGGACAACGAGGACGUGAGCGGCGCCUUCGUCACCCUCAGGGUGUUCCGCGUCUUCCGCAUCUUCAAGUUCUCCCGCCACUCGCAGGGCCUGCGCAUCCUGGGCUACACGCUGAAGAGCUGCGCCUCGGAGCUGGGCUUCCUGCUCUUCUCGCUCACCAUGGCCAUCAUUAUCUUCGCCACGGUCAUGUUCUACGCCGAGAAGGGCUCGUCGUCCACCAAGUUCACCUCCAUCCCCGCCUCCUUCUGGUACACCAUCGUAACUAUGACGACGUUAGGUUAUGGAGACAUGGUUCCGAAGACAAUCGCGGGGAAGAUAUUUGGCUCCAUCUGUUCGCUGAGUGGGGUGCUGGUAAUCGCCCUGCCUGUUCCUGUCAUCGUCUCCAACUUUAGUCGCAUCUAUCACCAGAACCAGAGAGCAGACAAGCGCCGUGCUCAGAAGGUACAGAAAGCUCGGCUGGCCAGGAUACGCAUCGCCAAGACGGGCAGCACCAACGCCUUCCUGCAGAGCAAGCGCAGCGGUCUGCUGGACGAGCUGCUGGAGCUCACGGGCACAGAGGCGGAUGAGCAGAAGCUGAGUAAGAGCGUGUCUCUGUUGGAGAGUCAACACUACCACCUGCUGUACUGUCUGGAGAAAACCACAGCCCAUGAGUUUGUGGAUGAGCAGGCGUUCGAGCAGAACAACCUGGAGACGGCGCUGCAGAGCUACACCUCGCCAAGCCCCUCCCCUUCCUCCAGCCACGGAGAGUCCACCUCCACCUGCUGCGGCUGCAGGGCCCGGAGGAAGAACACCGCCCUCCCGGAGCCAGACCCGGGCCCCAGCCCAGGUUCCAAGCCACCCUACCACCACCACCACCCACAGCGGGGUCCCCUACAGGAGCUCAGUGCCAUUCAUAUACAGUGUGUGGACCCCGCGUCACACAAGACCAGCCGCAGCAGUUUGAACCAGAAGGCCGAGGACGGCGGCCGGGUCAACUGCCGGCGGGGCCAGGUCACCACGGCGAUCAUCAGCCUCCAGACGCCCCCGGCUCUGACCCCGGAGGGAGACGGCCUCCACGGGGCCCCCCACCAGCGCCGGCCGCCCCCUCCUCCCAUCCCCCCCCAGGCCCCACCCAGCAUCCAAACCAUGAGCAGCUCCCACAUAGUGAAGGUCUCCGCCCUGUGACUCCCCCACUCGAUCACUCUCCCCCAGGGGGAGGCAGAGACCAGGGGGGGUGGGGUUGAGGAUGAAGCCCAAGAUAUCAUUAGCAUUGGCUCAACAGGGUCCCGUGUCUCUGUGUGCCGUCAGCCACCAGCAGGUCGCUGUGGCGGUGGAAGAGGAAGCGGCAUAGAGGAAGAAAGUAUUAGGGGUGUGAACUUGUCGUAUUCUGUAAGCCACAGGUAGAUGUAGAAUGAAUAUCUGGAUUUUUCCACUUUUUCUUCUUCAGUUGAAACGGGAGAUCUUGAGAAUUUGCCAUUGCCGGUGCAAUCAUGGUAUUCCUUUAAAAUGUGACAGAGAGACACAUGCUGUUGCAUAAAAUAUGCUGAAGUAGAGGGAGUGGGCAUAAUACACUCUAGACUGUUUAUUCCUUUGACGAUGGAUAGACACAAAGGAUUGACUUCAUAUGUGUUGUUUUUUAAUGUCUUCUUUGUCUCAACUCAACAACUUGAAAAAAAAAUGCAUAAUGUAAGUGAGCAUUUAUUUUCAGUAUCAUAUGCACAAAUACGUAAACUGUAUGAGUGUGCUUGUGUGUGUGUGUGUGUGUGUGUGUGUGUGUGUGUGUGUGUGUGUGUGUGGGUGUGGGUGUGGGUGUGUGGGUGUGGGUGUGUGUACGCACAACUUUUGUAUGCGAGUGCAAACUAAACUUGACUUAACUAGACUUUUUAGAAGUAUAGACUGCAGUAACAAAAACCAAACAUAAUAAGGCAACAGUCCACCUUUGAAAUGACUGUGGAAUAAUAAGGAUGACUUGUUCGUUAGUUGUCUUUUACGAUAAGGAAGACAGGAGAGUUUGUGACCUUCCCUGGCUCACUGCAAGACAACUUUAAAGAGACUAAUCUGUGAAGAUUCAAGAAAUGUGAAAACACAAACCAUUUCAUGAAGUACAAUUAUUAGUAUUUGUUAUAACUGCUUUUUGUCGUGUGCGGAGUAGUGAGUAGUUAUGCCGUCUCGAAUGGCCUUGUGUUUAAGGCCGUUAAAGUGAAAUAUGAAUUUAAUUUGUAUUUCUUUCUUUCUUGUGUAUUCAGUGAUGUUGCAUUUUGUUUUUCGUUCACUUUUUUGUCUUUUUUUGGAUAUGACAAAGCAACAAACAUGGAUUCAGUUUCCAUGCAGUCCAAUAAAAAAUUAGCUUGUAACUUGUAACUAAAGAGAAAAGAUGUGAUUGUUUGACUGGUUACAGAUUAUCUGAAUCACAUCUGAUUCUCUGUAGUGGUUUUCAAAGGUUGGGUUGUAACCCAUUGGUGGACUAGAUAUUUCUUCAGAAGUAUACGGAAAUUUGUGCCACUUGCAGUAUCUUUGAAAUGGCACAAUGGUAUUUUUUAUGGUUCCAGCCAUCCAGACAGAAAACAUCAGUUCACCAUGAAUACAGUGGAAGCAUAAUGAGUUCAUUUUUGACCUGUGAUGCAAUUUUUUUACUUUUACAUAUUGAGUAAGCUAUAUAUGAGAUAUGUUGAUGAUCUCAGUGUGUACUAUAUGGAACGUUUUGGAACCUCGGCCAGCAGUGGCUUGUCACAAAUGAUCUAGCUCCAGGAGUAGGUCAUUUAUUUCCUUCGGUUGAUUUAGUCAUUUGAGUUGUUUUCAUGUUGUCUUACAGUGUGUUCAUUUUAAAAAUGUCAAAGUAUUAUUCCAUCAGCUGCCGUUAAAGCUCAGAAUGUUUUGUGGUCUAUCAGUUAUGUUUAUCUAAGGGUGAAUACAUCCAAAGUGUUUUGCUAGAUGCUUUCCCCUUUAAGGAAUAUGAGCGAGGAAUAUAACAUUGAAAAUGGUCUCUGAACCAAAUAAUUGAACGUUACAUUCGAUCAUUUGAAUUGAACGUUAUAAUGAUGGGUGGGUUUUAGCCUAAAACCCACACAUCAUUUUAAAGUGGUCCAAUCUAGAACCUUUAGGUUGUCGUAAUCUAUGGACUUAGUCUUUUUGAAAUAGUGGUCCAAUGGACUAUGGGUACUCUCAAUAUUUAUUUGUCUUAUUUUGUUUAUCAGAGUAAUAAUUAUCUUUUGUAGGUUUUCCGAAAAAUAUACCAUGUGAUCUUUUGGGUAAGGCAGUUUUAUUUUGUGCUUAAAUUAUAUGCCGUAAUUUUUUUCAAGCAAUUUUUUCCAAUCAAUAAGCCAAACAAGUAUUUAGUUGGAAGAUUAUUUUCUCUCACUAUCAUGGCUGAACAAUAAAUAGGCCAUACCGUGUUUAAUGCACUUCUCAAAAGUGCCCGUAAGGCUGGUCUUCUGGGGGUUGUAUGAUGGACAGUAAGUAAGGCUUAUCUCAGUCCAGUGGAUUUUAGAGGGUCACUGUUUUUAAAGUCUUGGCAAUUGUGCUCUUGUUUGUUCCUUAGCUCUCUUUUGUUUCCUGGCUUCUCCGUCCGUCGUGCUGCUUAUUUUCUAUGUUUGUUGGUGUUGUUAUCAUUGGUUAUCAUUUAGAUUUCACUCAUGUCCCAACAACUAUGAUGUGAUGAGAAAUUAAAAUGUGUCUCCAAUU